UCUGUUCUUGACUCAGUCCUGCUGGCUGCAGCUUAACUAUGGACGUCUCUCAAUUGUCCAACCUCAUGCGGAAAACUCAGUCUACUAUUUUAGAGAACGGCUUCCUGGGCAAACGCCUGGAUGAUCUCAGAAACGUGGUGGCGAGUGACGGGGUCCGUGCUAUGAUGGAGUCGGCCCUGACAGCCAGAGACCGGGUGGGUGUGCAGGAUUUCGUCCUGCUGGAGAAUUACACCAGUGAAGCGGCCUUCAUAGAGAACCUGCGAAAGCGCUUCAAGGAGAACCUGAUCUAUUCUUCCUCCUGCAGCUAUGCGGUUUCAGACAACGCGUACCGCUCCAUGAGGACGGAGAGGAAGGACCAGUGCAUCCUGAUCUCAGGGGAGAGCGGCGCCGGCAAGACGGAGGCCUCCAAGAAGAUCCUGCAGUACUAUGCUGUGACCUGUCCAGCCAGCGAGCACGUGCAGACCAUCAAGGACCGUCUGCUGCAGUCCAACCCGGUGCUGGAGGCUUUUGGGAACGCCAAGACGCUGCGCAACGACAACUCCAGCCGCUUUGGGAAGUACAUGGACAUUCAGUUCGACUUCAAGGGCGCUCCGAUUGGCGGCCACAUCAUCAACUACCUGCUGGAGAAGUCCAGGGUGGUCCACCAGAACCACGGGGAGAGGAACUUCCACAUCUUCUAUCAGAUGAUCGAAGGAGGAGAGGAGGACCUGCUGAGACGAUUGGGCCUGGAGAGAAACACCCAGCAGUACCAGUACCUGGUCAAGGGUAACUGUCCCAAAGUGAGCUCCAUCAACGACCGCAGCGACUGGAAGGUGGUGAGGAAAGCCCUGACGGUGAUCGGCUUUAACGACGACGAUGUGGAGGAGCUGCUGAACAUCAUCGCCAGCGUGCUGCACCUCGGUAAUGUGCAGUACGGCGAGGAGGAAGGCCACUCCCACAUCGCCUCGGACACACAGAUUAAGUACCUGUCCAGGUUGUUAGGGGUGAAUGGGACGGUGCUGACAGAGGCUCUCACACACAAGAAGAUAAUCGCCAAGGGAGAGGAGCUGGUGAGCCCUCUGAACCUGGAGCAGGCGUCCUCCGCUAGAGAUGCUCUGUCCAAGGCCGUGUACGGACGCACCUUCACCUGGCUGGUCAACAAGAUCAACGCCUCCCUGGAAUACAAGGAUGAGGCUCACAGUAACUUCUCCGUUAUCGGCCUGCUGGACAUCUACGGCUUCGAGGUCUUCCAGCACAACAGCUUUGAGCAGUUUUGCAUCAACUAUUGUAACGAGAAGCUGCAGCAGCUCUUCAUCGAGCUCACGCUGAAGUCGGAGCAGGAUGAGUAUGAAGCUGAAGGCAUCACGGUGAACAAUGUUUAAAUUGAUGAUUUAGCUUAAAAAAGAAUAAAACCUCUCCUCUCCUCACAGGAUGAGGAGUGUCUGAGACCUGGAGAUGCCAGUGACUUCACCUUCCUGGAGAAGCUGGAGAACACCAUGGGGGGGCAUCCGCACUUCGUCACACACAAGCUGGGCGAUGGAAAGACCCGGAAGGUGAUGGGCCGGGAGGAGUUCAGGCUGCUGCACUACGCCGGAGAGGUCAACUACGACGUGAACGACGGAUUCUCUCUGAACAUCUAUUCUACACGCAGCGGCUCUAAACCCGCGGCUUUUUUCUGCUGUGUGUUCAGGUACAAGUCGCUGUGCCCGGAGACGUGGCCUAACUGGAACGGAAAGCUCUCUGACGGCGUUUCCACGCUGGUCAAACACCUGGGCUACAAGCCUGAGGAGUAUAAACUGGGCAGAUCCAAGAUCUUCAUCCGCUUCCCAAAGACUUUGUUCGCCACUGAAGAAGCGCUGGAGAGCAGAAAGCACGGCCUUGCCACCAAGCUCCAGGCGGGAUGGAAGGGCUACCGGCAGAGGACCAAAUACCAGAAGCUACGCAGCUCAGCCAUCGUCAUCCAGGCGUGGUGGCGAGGCAUCCUGGCGCGGAGGAAGGCGGACCGCAGGAGACAGGCAGCUUACACCAUCCGCAGGUUCAUCAAAGGCUUCAUCUACCGCCACAAGGAGCGCUGUCCGGAGAACGAGUACUUCCUGGACUACGUGCGCUACGCCUUCCUCAUGAAGCUGCACAGGAACCUUCCCAAGAACGUCCUGGAUAAGAGCUGGCCGGCGCCCCCUGCUGCUCUGGCUGAGGCGUCGGAGCUGUUGCGUAAGAUGUGCAUGCAGAACAUGGUGUGGAGCUACUGCAAGAAGAUGAACCCUGAGUGGAAACACCAGAUGGAGCAGAAAAUGGUCGCCAGCGAGAUCUUCAAGGACAAGAAGGACAACUACCCUCAGAGCGUCCCCAAGCUGUUCGUCGGCACCAGGCUCAACGGCGAGGACAUCAACCCCAAAGCCAUCCAGGCGCUGGGCUCUGAGAAGAUGAAGUACGCCGUGCCGGUCACCAAGUACGACAGGAAGGGCUACAAGCCUCGGUCCCGGCAGCUGCUGCUCACCGCCGACAGCGCCGUCAUCGUGGAGGAGGGAAAACUCAAGCAGCGCAUCGACUACGGCAGCCUGAAAGGCAUCUCGGUCAGCUCCCUGAGCGACGGGCUCUUCGUUCUGCACGUGCCCAGUGAGGACAACAAGCAGAAGGGCGACGUGGUUCUGCAGAGCGAACACGUCAUCGAGACCCUGACCAAGAUCGCCAUCUGUGCUGACAAAAUCAACAGCAUCAACAUCAACCAGGGCAGGUGAGGGCCACUACCUCCACUACCUGGGGCCCCUCUGGGGUCUAAUCUG